CCUCUUUCCCUUUUCAAAACAAACAACAGCUGAUUGUUGCUGUCAAAAUUGUGGUUGUACAUCGGUGCUGUUGUUGUUGUUGCAAUUGUUGUCAUCAAAAUAUUUUUGCUCUUUGUGUCAAUUGCGGUUUUUUUGUUGUCAUUUCACUACAUUUGUUUGGCGUUAUUAUUAUUGGUUUUAUAUUUUAAUAUUAUUUUUUAUCGCAAACACACUCGGCCGUUGGAAAUUAACAACAAAAACAACUAAGAAAACACUAAAUAAAGUAAACGAAACAAUAGAAGUUAACAUUAUUACAAAUUUUGCUAUUUAAACAAUUAAACAACUGAUUCAAGCAACACAUAUUGAAAUUGGAAUUUAACAAAGUUUUAAGUAAAAGAGCUUGUUGCUGCUGACUGCUAUUUGCUGUCUGUCUGUCUGCAAGUAGUUGGGGAGUUUAAAUAGUUUUGAAAGUACGCAAAUAAACAACAACUACACACACAGGUUAACAAACACCUACAAAGUAAAAUUGCAAAAAAAAUUUAAGAAAAUUUGCAAACAAUUUUAAACAAAAAUCUUACUAAAUCUUUAGCACAGGAUGUGUGAGUGGCGUUGUAAUGCUUUGGUCAAAGAUGCCACAGCAUACCAACCAGAUACUUUGGAUUUAAAUAAAGAUGAAGAGGCAGCCAAUUAUUGGUUUCCCUGCUUUCAUGAUAUGAUUGAAAAGUUCGCCCGCCAAGCGGCUAAGAGUCAGUGUGAAAGUGAUAAAACUGCUGAAGACAGAGCCGAACAAUUUAAACAAACUUAUAUAAAGAAAUUGGAAGAAUAUUGUAGUGCCACCAAAGAUAAUGCGGCCAACAAUCGUGUAUUAGGCAUACGAGAGUUGUUGGAACUCAAUGAUAAACAGCUGCGUUUGUAUGGCUUUGAGGAUCCAUGGCUGGAACAGAAAAAAUCAGAAAAUGAGGUAGCAUUGCCCUUGUUUGCAGAACGUAUUAAAGAAAUUGAUGCCAUUGAGGAUGAUACAGAGAGAUGGAUUGAAUUGGUGCGUGGUGUAUUAGCGGGUAAUAUGUUUGAUUGGGGUGCCCAGGCAGUGGCCAAUAUUAUACAGAAAGAUAAAACGUUUGGUUUGCAUGCGGCUCUGGAGCGCAUACAGAAAAGGCCUUGGCUCAUGGAUGAUUUGGAUAAGUGGUUGCAGCGCCUACAAGGCGUUAGCCAUAAAUGUGCCGCCAUUUUUGUAGACAACAGUGGAGUUGAUGUUAUACUUGGCAUACUACCCUUUGCCCGAGAACUACUAAAAAGAGACACAAAAGUCAUCUUGUGUGCCAACACCGAACCCUCUCUAAAUGAUGUUACUAGCAGCGAAUUAACUACAAUUCUAGACUCCUGCAAUUGCCAAUGUCCGGUCAUUAAGCAGGCUCGCAGCAAUGGCAAACUUGUGGUAUUUGGUAACGGCCAACACGGGCCCUGUCUUGAUAUGCGCACGCUGCCACAAGAUCUCUGCGAAGCUUUGCAACAGAAUGAGACUGAUUUACUGGUGAUUGAGGGUAUGGGUCGUGCACUACACACUAAUCUCUACGCCCAUUUCAAUUGUGAGACAUUAAAGUUGGCGGUGGUGAAGAAUAAAUGGUUGGCUCAACGUUUGGGCGGUGAUACAUUUUCGGUUAUUUGUAAAUACGAGCCUUUAAGCUGAGUUCAAAUUUGUAAGCGUUUGUUGCAAACAUUGUUUAUAAUUUUUUUUAUUUUGGGCUUAAAUUGUGUUAUAUUGUAGUAUUUUGAAUAUUUUUUUUUAAAUUUAAACUUUCUUAAUCUCCUGCCUUGUUUUUGUUAUUUGUUUUAUACUCAGUUUUUCUAUUCCUUAAAUUUGAUCUACAAAAUUUUUCAAACACAAAGUGAAACAAUGAAAAUAAUAUGAUUUUGUAACUAUUAUGUAAUAUUAAAGAAGCAAAUUUAGAUUAUUUAUAAUAAAAAUAUUUAAGUUUUUCUCUUUCUCAAGUCAUAAUAAAAAAAAUAAUACAAUAAAGUAUUUAAUACAAAAAGAA